CUCCAGGGUGGUUUGCUCAGUUUGGAGGUCAGACCUCAUCUGCUCAAUCCUCUCUCUCUCUCCAUUUACCUCUUCUUUAUUCCGAUCCAUUCUUUCACAGAUGUGGUCCAUCUUGGCUUUCAUACUGUUAUCCAGGACUUGUAUUAUGAAAAGCUACAUCCGUCAAGAAGAGCGCAGCGCAGACCAGCGGCGAGCUGCAGAUAGAGGCGGGGUUUUCUCACCAGCGUGUUCUUCUUAAACUUGCAAAAUGUCUUACGCAAUGAGAGGAGAUCGUGGCAGGGGUCGAGGUGGCCGAUUCGGCUCCCGCGGAGGUUUGGUCCAGGGGUAUCGACCCUUUGUCCCUCACAUACCAUUUGACUUCUAUGUCUGUGAGAUGGCCUUUCCUCGAGUGAAGCCGGCCCCUGAUGAGACCGCUUUCAGUGAAUGUCUGCUGAAGAAAAACCAAGACCUCAGUCCUACCCCUGUUGAACAGGCUUCUAUUUUGUCCUUGGUCACUAAGAUUAACAACGUUAUUGACAACCUCAUCGUGGCACCUGGAAACUUUGAAGUGCAAAUUGAGGAAGUAAGGCAAGUGGGCUCGUAUAAAAAGGGGACCAUGACAACAGGACACAAUGUAGCGGACCUCGUAGUUAUCCUGAAGAUCUUACCCACCUUGGAAGCUGUCGCUGCCUUGGGAAACAAAGUAGUUGAUACUCUGCGUACACAGGACCCAUCUGAGGUACUGUCCAUGCUGACCAACGAGACAGGAUUUGAGAUCAGCUCUGCCGAUGCCACUGUGAAAAUCCUCAUCACCACUGUUCCACCCAACCUGCGCAAACUUGACCCAGAGCUCCACCUGGACAUCAAGGUUCUGCAAAGCGCCCUGGCAGCCAUUCGUCACGCUCGCUGGUUUGAAGAAAAUGCUUCUCAGUCAACUGUUAAAGUUUUGAUCCGCUUGCUGAAAGACCUGCGAGUCCGAUUCGCUGGGUUUGAGCCUCUAACGCCCUGGAUUCUAGAUCUGCUGGGACACUCUGCGGUGAUGAACAACCCCUCUAGACAGCCCUUGCCACUCAACGUUGCUUACAGGCGGUGUCUUCAAAUGCUUGCUGCAGGUCUUUUCCUGCCAGGCUCCGUAGGAAUCACUGAUCCUUGUGAAAGCGGAAACUUCCGCGUGCACACUGUCAUGACCCUGGAGCAGCAGGACAUGGUGUGUUUCACUGCCCAAACACUGGUGAGGGUUCUCUCUCAUGGAGGCUACAGAAAGAUCUUAGGCCUUGAAGGCGAUGCAAGUUAUCUCACCACUGAGAUGUCUACAUGGGAUGGAGUGAUUGUCACCCCAUCUGAAAAAGCUUAUGAGAAACCCCCAGAGCGCAAGGAAGAGGAGGAUGAAGCGUUGGAGGAAGGGGGAGAGGGGGAAGAUGAAAGCAUGGAGACCCAGGAGUAAUGCAGCUUGGUCUCUGACGUUUUGGCCUGGUCAUUAUAUUUAUGUUGGUUUUUAUUAGAGGUCUUUGUCUCGCAUCUUUGUUUUACCCAGAAGUCCCCUGCAUAUCUGCAUUUGGGUUCUGUAAAUCAGUCUGCACCUCCUAGAGUUUAAAACUAUGGUAGGAACAGCAAAAAGUUAUAACAAGGACCAAAAGUCAACGGCUCAUUAUUCCAUCUUCUAACCUCAGCUCAUUCUGAUACGGUUAUGUCUAGGAAAAGGACUGGAAAUCACUUUUAAUUUGGUUUCAUGUUUUUUGUAUUUUUAUCACUGAUGGAUCAAGUAAAGUUUUUAUUCCUUCUUUUGUACUA